AUGCUUUCUCUUCAUUUCUGGGUGGCUGGGGGUCGGGCUGCAGCUGCUGCCCUUGCUGCUACUUCUGUUACCAAUGGCAUUCAGACUGACAGCUCUCGGUGCCAAACCAACAACUGUACUCAGGAGCUCCUGAACAAGACAGUGGUAGCGGUAGCAGGAACAGCAGCAGCCGCCACCUCCACCCUAGCCGGGCCGGGACACUCUCUUGGGUCCACCGCUACCACUGAACAGCGAGCAGCGCAGCUGGGAACGACCCUGCAGGAGACACGUGUGUGUCCGCCGGCUUUGCAGUCCCGGGUCCAUAUCUCCGCCUGUUCCCUUCGCCCUCGGCCACAUGCUGACGGGAUAAGCAUGGAAGACCUCUCAAAAUCGCCCGGCGAGCGAGCCACUAGCCACAAAGGGGGAGCGGGAGCGAAGGGCAGCAGGAUGAAGCGCCGCCCUGCAGAGCCAUUCACCACAAUCACAUCCAAGGAAUCGACCUAUGUGGAGAUUCAGGAUUUCCCCCGAGGGAGGGAAGCCAGUCCCCAGACCCUAAAGCUGACUUUGGCAGGGAGCGGAGGAAAAGUGGCUUUUCUCAGCCCUAAAAACGGAGCUUGUGAGAUCAGCGCUGUUAGCUGCUCAGCUCACAACGCGCUGGCAGAGGCAAGUGGAAAUCCAGCAUCCUUGGACCGUGAAUCUAAACCCGGGGCCAGCCCGGGGAGGAAGGGUAAUGAGGCGGGGGGAUGCAGCGCUGGCUCCAACUCAGGCGGAUCUAAUGAAAACACUUCGUCUGGACUGCCCAACACGCAGCUUUACCCGAGCGGGUGCCCGGAGUCGUCGUCCUCUUGCCCAUCCCCGGUGAACAAGGCAAGCGCGUUCCCCAAAACGGAUGACACCGCAACCGAGGGCAAAACCUCUUCUUCUUCCUUUGGGUACGAAAGCGACGAUGACGAGGAUGCUGAGUGCAAAGCAAGAGGGGGGAGCCGGGGGGCUUCCCAGCCCACCUACUGCGGCGAGAGCAGCCCUGCUAACGAGGAGGCGCAUUACAUUACCACGCACGAAAUCCAGCUCAGCGAGGUGGACCACGACAUGGACUUUGACUUUGGGCUGGCCUCCAGGUGGGACUUUGAAGACAACAAUGUGAUCUACUCCUUCGUGGAUUACGCCUCCUUUGGGAGCGACGAGACCCUCGGGGACACGCAGACAGAGGAGGACAAUAGCUGUUAUCUCAGCACGACCAGCGAUGCCAAUAACCAGACGGACAGCAUCGAUAACACCAGCAGUACGGAGAUAGUCAGCAUUAACUCUGAAAACGAUACCCCCAGCACAGACAAAUGCGCCAGCUCGGAAGAAAGCCAGCCCAAGAACCCCAGCCACAUGAGUGAGAACCCAGCUGCAGGCCACAUUCUCCUAUCAAUCAAACCGACUUCCCGGGCUAUAAAUGAGCUUAACAACCUGCAUGAGAAGCAAAACAUUAUUUACGCUGCCAAGCAUGAAGGCGACAUGAGCCUCCGUGUCUCCACAGCUCCCGAACGCAAGGCCAGUUUCAAACAAGACGCGAUUCAUGACCAGGCAAAAAAAUUUAUCGCUGUCCCCGCGCGUUUGCAAACCCGGUGUGGAGCCAUAAGGGCGAAGGAAGUGGGGGGAUAUUCCAGCGGUGCCUCUAGCGCGGUCAGCGAGCUGGAUGAUGCGGAUAAAGAAGUGCGAAACCUGACGGCCCGAGCUUUCCGGAGCUUGGCUUACCCCUACUUCGACACGCUGAACUUCAGCUCCAGGGAGUCCUCCACGUCCCUUUCGGAUCAGGCGCUGGGGAUCAACCGAUGGUCCACUUAUUUAGACCUGAAGUGCGGCAAUCUCGGGCAGAAACCGGAGCAGAACCUGUUCAAGAGCAGUGCCGAACCUACCGCAUGGCACAGAAGCGCUGGGGCGAAGACGUGCAGUGACCAGUUCUACAUUCGCUCCAAUAAAUCGCAGACGAAAGCCCUAGAGUUCGUGGUCAGCAAGCUCGAUGGGGAAAUAACCCACGUGGAAACGCCAGCGUGCUUCGAGAAGCGGAUCCAGUCGGGCUCCCGGGUUGUAACGUUGUUGGAGACGUUGAAUUUUAGCAGCAAUGUUAAUGCGGGUGUCCCCAGACCUGCGAAACGUCCUGGACAUGCUGCCGCUGGGGCAGGUUGCGCAGAGGAGCUUCCGGAAACGCUGCCCAGGGAGCCGGGUCAGGAGGCUAGCAAACAAACCGGACUGGCCGCGGCAGAAGUCCCGGAGGGCACCCCGAAUAAAUCGAAAUUCGCCUCCAGCCUCCUCAAGAAUGUCAUCUCGAAGAAAAUGCAGCGGGAGCACGAGUUCAAAAUGGAGAGGGGGGAGAUCACAGAUACUUCGUACAGGGGGCUGGCCGCGUCCUUGCCUGGCAAGGAGCAGGAGGGCUCGGCCAGGGAGAAGCUGAAAGAUGGGGGCAUGCAGAGGCAGAACUCCAGGUAUUCCGAGGGCAGCUCUGACUACACGAUUGUGACAGCAGAGGACCCGGGGGAGUUUUCUGACAGCAAGUCGCCGACCUCCAAAGCGUCCACCCCUCGCCUAGAUCGACCCCUGUCAGAAACGCGCCUGGAGGAUGUGUGCGAAAUUAAGAAGAGCGCCUCGGAGGCAAUCAAAGCGACCUUCCUCCGCAGCCAGAACAGCGCGUUCAGAUCCUGGAAAGAGAAAGAGGCAGAGAAGAAGAAAGAAGAGCGAGCUCCCAUCGGGAAACUUCAGUUCUCCUCCGCCAAAUACGACUGGCGGGCCGAUCUGGGUGAGAUCUCAGCCAGCAAGUCCACUAAAAUGUCUCGUCUCUUCGUCCCAAACAUUCAGCGCACCCCCAAGGGAAAGCAGCCUGGCACGCAGGUGACAAAGUACUCCACAGCCACCUAUGCGGCUCGGGCUGCCACCCCCGUAAAGCCCAGAGCCCCCGAGAUCAAGAUCAGCCUAGGUAGCGUGCAGCCAAGCAAGGAUCACCCCUUUGACAUCGCUAAGCUGCUCACCCCCAAACUAGCCGCGACCGCACCAACCCUUUUCAAGGCAGCGGAGGAGCCCCGAGGCCAGCCGCAGAAGGCAUUCAAAGCGGACGGCCUGGACAAGGUGCCGCAAUUCUUGGUGCGCGAUAUAAGAGAAAACAAGCCUAAAGUCCCCGGACCCAUUCACCAGGUCAGAGACGUCAGGAAACUGAUCAAGAGCUCCUACGGCCACGACUCGGGCGAUACCAACAGCGACAGGAGCAGCGCGCUCUCCGACCAGUGCAGCGCUGAGCAGAAACCGAGGCAGCUGGCCAUAGCCGGGAUCCCCAGGGCUCUGUCUCCCAUGGUGAUAACCUGCCAGGCGGUCAGUAACAGCAGCGAGGACAAGGGGCCGGGCGAGACGGGGGGCAAGGUGCUGCCUGCCACGGCAGAGGGGACAAUCCUGGUGCACAGGACCUCCGGGAGGCUGCCCGUGGCCACCAUCGCCCCCAACAAGAGCGACCCUCGCUUGCCCGCAGUGCUGAAGAUCGUGUCCAAAGCCUCCGCACCCUGGCGGCAGCAGCAGCAGCCGCCGCCGCACGCUCCCGCACCCGCUGAGAAAGGCAAGGGGGCGGACGAGGAGCCGCGGGAGGAGGCCAAGGGGCCGCCCAGCCGCAACGCGUUGGAGAAGCUGACGGCGGCGGUGCGCAGCAUGGAGGAGCUGUACAGCUUCAGCAAGCACGAGUGGAAGCGCAAGAGCGACCCGCGGCCCAUCACCGACAGCCACGUGCUCUCCCUCAUCGCCAGCGAGGAGCGCGGCGGCCGGGCGGCCGCGGGGCCCGCCGAGGCGAGGAGCGCGGCCCCGGCGCCGCCCGCCCCCGAGCGCCAGCCCGUCCCGGGCUCCGGCCCCAAGUCCGACAAGGUCUCGGCCAGGGCGGCCGCGUUCGAGAGCCUGGCGCGGGAACGGCCCCGGCCCCUGCCCGGGCCCCGGGGGGAGGCGGGCGCGGCGGACAGAGCCCCCGCCCCGCAGCCGCCCCGAAGCAGCGUCUUCACCGUCAGCUCCGCGCAGAAGGCGGCGGCGGCUGCCCCCGCCAAGCUCCCCGCCGCGGCCUCGCCGCUCCGCAGCCUGAAGGGCCAGGCCGGGCCGGGGCCGCGCGCCCUCAAGCUCUCCCCGGCCGCCGCCGCAGGGAAGGGGCCUGGCGAAGCCGAGAAGGACGCGGCCGGGCCCGACUGCGGGAACUACCUGGCCAUGCCGCUCAAGGAGCCGCCGGCCGCGGGAGGCGCCGGCCACCCGGGCCCGCUCUCGGCCUCGGCGGCCGCCGCCGCCCUGCAGCCCUUCAGCGCCGCCAAGAGCCGGGGCCGCCUCAGCCCCAAGCAGCAGCCCGGCCCCGCCGCCCCGCCUGCGGCCGCCCCGGAGCUGCCGCCCGCCGCCAUCUACCAUCAGCCGCUGCCCAUGGCCGCCCUGCACGGGGCGCAGCCCCCGCCGCUGCUCUGCUUCUCGCCGCCCUCGGCCGCCGAGUCCUUCCCGCAGACGCAGCGCAAGGUGCUGCUGGACCUGAGCACCGGCCAGUACUACCUGGUGGACGCGCCUGUGCAGCAGCCCCUCAAGAAGCGGCUCUUUGACCCCGAGACCGGGCAGUACGUGGAGGUGCCCAUGCCCCAGCAGCCGGCCGUGGCCCCGAUGCCGCUCCCCAUCUCCCCGCUAGCGGUCAACCCGGGGGCGUAUGGUGCCACCUACAUGAUCUACCCUGGCUUCCUGCCCACCACCAUGCUGCCAGCUAAUGCCCUGCAGACCCAGCUCUCCCUCCCGGGCAGCGACGUCAGCGCCUCCGCCGAGACCAGCAGCCCAAGGGCAGCACUGGGGGGAGGAGGAGGAGGAGAGGCCACUUUUGUGGAAAGUCCGUAUUAUAUCGCCACGGGUAAAUCCCAAUCGUCAGCCGCCACUGCCCAGCUCAGGGGGGCAGAGGGGAAGCCGGUAAUCAGCAUCACCUCCCAGCAAAUGGGGCCAAGGAUAAUUGCCCCGCCCUCUUUUGAUGGUACCACCAUGAGGUUCGUGGUGGAGCACAGAUGAUGAUAAACCAAAGAGGCUGCUGGAACAAGGAAGAAGAAUUAUCCUCCUUUAACCUGAAACGUGGUAACACUAAGCAUUCAUCCUUAAAAACUGCUUCCACAGUUUUCUCAUUUUUUGCUUCAUACAAAACAAGUGUGCACAAAUUGAAAUUAUCCUCAGGAUGAAAUGCACUGCACGUACACAGGUAGUGAGUGAUUUAACAUAUACUCUUCUCAUUUACCUGCAUCACUGUGGAAAUCAGACAACAUUGUGGCAAGUUCCUAGCUGAAGUCUGAAGCGAUCACAGUACAGAAUGCUGUGAGCUUGGAAUUUAAGGACAAAAAAUACAGCAAAAUAGCUCUGAGAAUUGCACUAACUGUGUGUUGCACAAGGAGAAAAUUUAAUUAGAUGCAAAUCAUGUGAGAAUGGACUGUUUGAAACCGUUGAAUACCAGAGUUUGUAAUUCAUUGGCAAACAUUUGCGUAUGUUUUUUUUUUGAAUGUUAUGACAAAUGAAAUGUAUUUUUCAGUAAAAGACACAUUGCAAACAA